AAAGGCGGGUACAGCAAAUCUAAAAUGGAAUACAUAAUUCAAGCGAUUUUUGAAUUAAGUGCCCCCCCUCCAACAGAAGCAGUCGAAAUAUUGAAAACAUUGCUGCAGAAAAGCGAAGUAAACGAUUUUGUGGCCGAAGCCGGCUCCGAAGAAGAGGCAAAAGAGUUGCUGGGGCAAGCGCUCCGACUUUUUCCCCCUUUUUGGUACGAGAUAAAGCCAAAAGUGUACCAAAAAAGGCCACAAAGGCAAAAAAGGGGGAGAAAAGCGAUGCGAGAAAGGUCGUCCCAGGAGUCGUCCUCGACGGAUGUGUCGACGGCAGGUGUUGAGGACACAGCAACGGCGGUGAUUGAUGAUGUUGUCGGUCCUUCAUCUGCAUUGAACAUGGAAAAUGAAAGUCAAAACACAGCGGUGGAGCCCACGGUCUUACCUGCACCUACAUCGGUCGCUAUCUCGGUCGCUAUUGAGGUCCAUCGCUGUGCGGACGGAAGUAGGCCACGUUCAAGGCAGAUGAACAAACGGGCAGCGAUCGAUGCAGCUGUUGCUGGUCCAUCAAACGCGGGCGCACAAGCCGGGUGGGACGACAUCGUGACGAACCCCGCAUCGCCGUCGCCGAUCCGACACUCUCCGCCCUCAUCUUCCUCCUCAUCAUCUUCGCCCUCACCAUCAGCUACCGACCCUGUCAAUCCUCUGGCCACCGUUCCACCGCCCAUAAAUGUAGGGGACUUGGUUUGGGCGAAAGCCAAAUUCAUGGGCUAUUGGCUGGGCGAGGUUGUGGACGUGGUCAGAGUAACUCGCCAUAUAAAUUACAUUGUGGAGCUAAAGGGCAGGGGGAGAUUCAAAAUUGCCGAACACUUUGUGAAAGUAUUUAAUCGCGCAGAACCGAUACCGUCUUUUGUAAAACCCGGCAAAAAACAACGAGAAACGUUAAGAAAAAUCAUCGACAGCCUCCCACAAUAAAAACACUUCCUUUUUUUUAAAAAAUUAUUUCCCGUACGACUAACCUAUAUGACAAUAACCUAUUUCACUCAUAAAACACCUUAUGAUUUGACAUUCACAAACGUCAAACUUCCGAUCUUCGGUAAUGCAUCUAAUUUCAUAGGCAAACUUUGGAGUGGGAUCUUUUGAUUGUUUAUAUAAGCAACUUAAACUACACUGCAGCGUAUUCUUUUUGCAAAUUUCAUUACGAAAUAUCGAACAACCGAUCGGGGCGUUUACAGCAGCGUUCCCUGUACUUUAAGUUGCAUAAGCAUAAACUCCGCAUGUAUUUUACUCGUGGACAAUAUAGUGUACCUCAGGGCGUCAGCUGUUUACAUUUUAAGAGUACCCUUACCCCUCCUUUAUCUUUCCUUCUCUAAGGUAUUUUUAUAACAAAUGGACUAUUUAUAGAUCUGUCAGCUGCCAGGCGGAUGUACCAAAUCAGCAAGUAAAAAACCGAUUAUUUAAGACAAAGGAAGGAAGAGAAGAGCCACAACGAAAUCAAAUUACCUGAAAAUAGUGGCCUCGUUAUAAUGAAGAUAGUUCCACUUGCACCGAACUGCACAGACCAUUGCCUCCACCACCUUCUUGGAAGACAUCAGUCUGUUCAGUUGCUUACGGUACAUCAACGGAAGCCGAGGAUGUCUCGCAUCGACAAAGGGACUAUCCCGAUGCACAGCUUCGAAGGUCGGUACGAAACUGGGCAUCCGGCGCCCCUUCUGCAAGAAUUCCUCAGCCCUCGUUUGGAAUGUGGAACUCUCCCGCAACACCUCCACCAACCGGACCACAUAAUUAGUGAUACGUUGCCCCAAAAGAAACUUUAUCGCCGGUCGAAAAUCUUCGCCUUCGGCGAAUAUUUUCUGCAGCACAAGAGGUCUUUUGAGGAAACAUAUAAUUAAGCGGUCCGUGUCCCUCGAACGCAACGCCCGCUCAACAAAUUCUCGUCGUCGUUUUUGCUAAAAUUUAAUUGAUUCAUGCAUUGAACGGUGAUGUGAUUAUGUGAGCUUACCAACUGGUACAACCGGUCCUUCGCCUUCCGAUUUCUCUCCCUCCAGUCCUCCAGUACCCUGAUCUUCGCCCACUGCAAGUACCCCGGAAGCAGGGCAAACAACCGUUCCGCAGCGUUCAUCUUCAGGGUAUCACUUAACUUGCCGGUGGCAAUCAACUUCCGUCUAUAAAUGGUACCCUUCUGAUUCAUCACCCGGUCGUAGGCCCGCCUCGAUUUGUAUUCCCGGGGAUUGUAUUUGCACUUUCGACGAAGCCUGUGGUACAUCUCGUUAGCCGCAACUUUCCUACAUCUCGCUCGGAAUGCCUGUUUUUGAAGUGUUGUACUGCUCUCCUUUGAAGUUCUACGUCAACCUCAGCAUCACCUUCACUUCCUUCCUCAGGAGGAUCACACAGUACGACUAUCUCUUCAGGAUCGCAAGACAUGAUGUAUCAAGAGAACUAAUUAAUGAUGCUUGACAGAAUUUAUUAUAGAAUUUUGUUUUACAGUAAUUAGUUACAUGUCAGAAGAACGUGUUACUUUGACAUUGACAAAAAAAUGCCUACUUGCAUUUUUUUUAUAUUCUAAAAAUAAAUCAUUUAAGUAUAGAA